CAUCAAUCCAUCCAAGAGAUCUGAUAUGAACACAUACACACCAUUAAGUAUAGUCUCAAUCAAAGUCCCAGAAAUCGAUAUCCUUAGCUGAAACCCAUGAAAGUUUCCUGUCUGCAAACCCUAAAAUAGAAGUCCCAUUGUUGGGAUUCCUUUCCAGUACUCCUCCGCCCUUCCAACCACCCAAACAAACCCUAGACUAUUCCAUUCCUCCUCUACCUCUUCUAUCUCCCUCUGCAUAUUCAUUCAUAUUCGUGAAUAUAUACUACCUACCUCAGCUCAGCAGCUCACAAAACCGUACCACCACCAACAAAUCCGAUCCAUAAAAAAAGGUAAGGAAAUGGGGAGGGGGAGGAUUGAGAUAAAGAGGAUAGAGAACUCAAGUAACAGGCAUGUGACUUUCUCCAAGAGAAGAAAUGGGAUGCUCAAGAAAGCUAAGGAAAUCAGCGUUCUUUGCGACGCUCGGGUUUCUGUCGUCAUCUUCGGCAGCUCUGGCAAGAUGCAUGAGUUCUCCAGCUCCCCGGUUGUUGAUAUUCUGGAUCAAUAUCACAAGCUCACCGGAAAAAGACUGUGGGAUGCUAAGCAUGAGGAUUUGGAGAACGAAAUCAAUAGAGUCAAGAAAGAGAAUGACAACAUGCAAGUUGAGCUAAGGCACCUGAAGGGAGAAGAUAUCUCAUCUCUGAGCUACAGAGAGCUUAUGUUCUUGGAGGAUUCCCUUCAGAACGGGCAAAGGAUCAUCUCUGAUAAACAGAUGGAGGUUUGGAGGACCAUUACAAAACGGAUUCAAGGUGCGGGAGAGGAGAAUGAACAACUCAGAUACCGGAUGAGACAACUGGAAAUAGCAGAGAUGAACCGGAACUUGGGAGAGUUUGGGGAAGUUUUUAACCACAGAGAAAACAAUAGUAAUGCGGCGGCGGCAGAGUACAAGUCUGAGAUGCCUUUCACCUUCAGCGUCCAACCAAUGCAGCCUAAUCUGCAAGACAGAUAAAUCACUCAUCAAUACAUAAUAAUAAUAAUAAUACUAAUAAUAAUAAUCUGCACGACGCAUGCAGUGCGCGCGAGUGAUUAUUUGAAGUUUAAUUAAUUGCGCUUUGUACCCGUCUUUUUAUUUUAUUAAUAAUUAUUAAUUAUUAAUAACAUAACAAUUGUAAGGUUAGAAUUGGAGACCGGUUGAUCGAUUAGGGCGAUGUUUCGUUUAUGCAUGCGUGUCGUUUGUCUGUUUGUAUUAUUAUUAUUCAUUAAUUAUACUCCGUAUUAUAUUAUUGCUUGCCUAUGUUUAAUA